UAUGUUAUUUAAAAAAAAUUUAUUAUUGAAUUUAAAUAAAGUGAAAAAAUUUAAUAAUAUACGAUUUUAUCGUACUGAUAAUGUGUAUGGAUACAAGUAUUUUAAAUCGAAAAAUGAAUUUGAAGUAUCGAAAGACAUUAUUAAUGCCAGAAUCAACAAUAGUAAUUUAUAUCGUUUAAUAAGUGCGUAUAGACAAUAUGGACAUACCCAAGCAAAUAUUAAUUCCAUAGCGUUAAAUAAAGUUAAUAAUGAUGUAAUUAAAGAAUUGAAUCCAGGACGAUAUGGUUUCAAUUUGGAUGAUUCUGUGUGUACCAAAAAUCUUUUAUAUAGUACCAAAGCAGAAAAUGAUGUUAAAGUAUCCAAUGUUAUACAGUACUUAGAAAAUGUUUAUUGUAAGCAUAUUUCAGCUGAGUUUAUGCAUCUGGAGACUGAAGAAGAAAUUGAAUGGUUUGCGGAACAAAUGGAAAAUCGUCAUUUAAAUCAAAUAAACGACGAAAAAAAAUUAAAUAUUUUAAAGCAAUUACUAACUUCACAAGUAUUGGAUAAUUUUUUACAAACAAAAUUUGCCUCAUUUAAAAGAUACGGAGGCGAAGGUGCUGAAAGCAUGAUCGCAUUUUUCGAUGAGUUUCUAAAAUUAUGCUCAAAAUCCGAAGUCGAGGAAGUUGUGCUGGCAAUGCCGCACAGAGGUCGUUUAAACUUAUUAACUGGAUUGCUAGAAAUGCCAGUAGAGAAAAUUUUUAGUAAACUACGAGGUUUACCUGAUUUUCCAGAGCGUUUCAAAUGUACCGGAGAUGUUAUUAGUCAUUUAAUAUCGUCAGCGGAUCUCAGUAUUAAUAACAAAAAUGUCCAUAUUACAAUGCUAUACAAUCCAUCACAUUUAGAGGCAGUUAAUCCCGUUUCCAUGGGUAAAACACGUUCAAAACAAUUAACUAUAGCUGAAGGUGGUUAUGGCGAUGGUAAUGGUCAAUUUAGUGAUCGAAUUUUAAAUGUUCAGGUUCAUGGAGAUGCAGCAUAUAUUGGUCAGGGUAUCGAUCAAGAAUGUUUAGUUUUAUCGCAAGUCCCACAUUUUGAAAUUGGUGGCACUAUACACUUGGUUGUGAAUAAUCAAAUUGGUUUUACAACACCUCCAGAUAGGGGUCGGUCUACCAAAUAUUGUACAGAUUUAGCGAAAAUCAUAUCCGCUCCAGUUAUUCAUGUUAAUGGUCUUCACCCAGAAGAAGUUGUUCAUGCAACGCGGAUUGCUUUUGAAUAUCAAAGAAAAUUUAGAAAAGAUAUUUUUGUUGAUAUGAAUUGUUAUCGAAAAUGGGGGCAUAAUGAAUUGGAUGACCCAACAUUUACAAAUCCAAUACAAUAUAGUCUUAUUCGAUCAAUGGAAACAGUGCCAAAUUUGUACGCAGACCAAUUAAAAAGUGAAAAUUUAAUAACUGAUUUGGAAAUUGAGAAAAUUGUCACGGAACGUACAACAUUUUUAAAUGAAUCAUUAAAAAGUAUUGAAAAUUAUGUACCUGAGGAUCCAUGUUUUAAAAAGCAAUGGGCAGGAUUUAGUCAAGCUCCAGCUUCAGUUUCUAUGUGGGAUACUGGUGUUCCAUUGGAUAUUUUGAAAUAUGUUGGAUUUCGUAGUGUAAAUUAUCCUAUUGAAUUUAACAUUCAUCCACAUUUAGUCAAAACUCACGUUUCACCUAGGAUUUCUAAAAUAGUCGAAGGUCAAAAAAUUGAUUGGGCAACAGCGGAAGCUUUGGCAUUUGGUUCUUUACUAUAUCAAGGUCACAAUAUUCGAAUUAGUGGCCAAGAUGUUGGACGCGGUACAUUUUCACAUCGUCAUGCAAUGUUUGUAGAUCAACAAACUAAUAAAAUUCACAUUCCAUUGAACGAAUUAGAAAUGAAAGGACAAGGUUUUCUUGAGAUUGCAAAUAGUAUUUUAUCUGAAGAAGCUGUGCUUGGUUAUGAAUAUGGUAUGAGCAUUGAUAAUCCAAAUAACUUAAUUAUCUGGGAAGCUCAAUUUGGUGAUUUUUUUAAUGGUGCUCAAAUUAUUAUUGAUACUUUUGUUACAUCAGGAGAACUUAAAUGGUUGACGUCCAGUGGUUUAGUGAUGUUAUUACCGCACGGAUAUGAUGGAGCUGGACCAGAGCAUUCAUCAAGCAGAAUGGAACGAUUUUUACAAUUGACUGAUUCAUCAGAAACAUCACCAGAUGGUGAUGAUGUCAAUAUGCAUGUUGUUAAUCCAACAACACCAGCUCAGUAUUUUCAUCUUUUACGUAGACAAAUAAUUCCAAAUUAUAGGAAGCCAUUAAUUGUAAUUUCUCCAAAAAUUUUAUUACGUUUAUCGAAUGCUACAUCUUCGCUAUCAGAAAUGGGUCCUGGUUCUAGUUUUCAACCAGUACUUGACGAUCCACUGGCAAAUCCUGCAAAUGUUAAAAAAGUAAUCUUAGUUAGCGGGAAACAUUACUAUGAGCUUAACAGAGAACGAUUGACUCAGCAGCUAAAUAACGUUGCCAUAAUUCGUUUAGAAAGUUUAUGCCCUUUCCCUGUUUAUCAUUUGCAAUUAGUCUUAGAAAAAUACGUUAAUGCAAAAACUUUUAUUUGGAGUCAAGAAGAACAUCGAAACAUGGGCGCCUGGAGUUUUGUUAAACCAAGAUUUGAGAAUAUGAUAGGACGUCAGUUAAAAUACACUGGAAGGGAGGUUGCCGGUACUGUUGCAGUUGGAGUUGGAAAACUUCAUAGUUUACAAGCAACACAAGUUAUCAAAAAGCCUUUUGAAAUUGUUUCUUAAUUAUUUUCUAUUCAUAAUAAAAUUUUAUAUUUUGAAGG